CUCUCUCUCUCUUUCUCUCACUCUUCCUCCCUCCUUCUUUCGCUCACUCUUCCUCCCUCCUUCUUUCUCCACACAGCGCACACCUCCAACUGCCACCGUUCGUUCCCCCCCGUCUGCUCCAUCUCCCCCCGCUCCCUUUCCUUCUUCUUCCCUCUUUCAAUCCCUCAAAUGCAACGAACACACUCCAGUGGGAUCCCGUUUCUUCGGAGACAGUCGACAGCACCCCCUCCAGUGCCCUAUGCCAACCCGGCUGCAACACAGUUCCUGCGGCUCGGAGUGGGUAUCGACCACGUCGAUGUCGACCACAGUGACGAGGAAGAUGUCAUCUACCAGGGCAUCGAAAACGGCAUGGACGGCCACCACACAGACGACCAACUCGAAACAGAGACCGACACAGAAAACGAAGACGACGACAUUGAAGUCGAGGAGGAGGACUUCAACACGUUUCUUCAGCAGCAGCUCCACCAGCUCGACAAGGAGGGGGACGACAUUUAUGACGACAGUAUUCGCAGCAACGGCGAUAACAAUCUCAGCGGCGAUAUCAACAAUAACAGCAGCAACAGCAGCUCUCAACAAAUGCAACCUAUGGUCGCACAGGGACAUGACAUGCCCUCAUCAUCGGCAACUUUGGCAGCAGCAGUACCAGCAUCUGUUCCUGCAGGAACUGCCGCCACUACCGCGGUAGCUCCAUCCUCAGACACAGACACAGACACAGGCAUAAGUGCAGGCACAGUUGCAUCAUUGUCUACUCAAGGAUCAACAAUACCAGGAGCACCAACAAAUACAUCAUCGUCCGCAAUAGUGUCCCCCUCCGCCCGUCGAAUCCCCGCCAGCAUCAACACACAGUUCACCCCGCGCGAGACCCUUUCGGCCGAUCUAAAAAAACCGCUCUCCCCCAAACCACAACGACAAGGACCCACCUCGCCCAUCUCGCCUCUCGCCCAGGAUCUGCCCGAUUACCACGAAAAAUUCACGAAGCAAACAAAGCUCCACGGCGCCAGUCCCCUCAGCAACGCUAACAAUACUGUCACCGCCUCCUCCGUCGCUCCCACCGCGACCAAACCAUCUACAUCCCGUCGAAACACCGCCGCUGUCUCCACCGAGACCAAGCCGUCUGCGCCCCGUCGAACCACCACCACCGCUUCCAGCCGACAGCCCACGGAGACGGACCUUACCCCGGGCACAGAGAACUCUUCUUCAGUCCCUACAAUCAAACGGUAUGCUGAAAAGGACGGCUUGGUCACGGUCCAUGACUGGAAGGUCCACUACAAGAUCUGUUACCCGACCAUCGACCCCUCCUACAGAGUCAACGGCAACGGCCGCAACAUCAUCCUCUUCCAUGGCGCGCUCUCGACCCUCGACACCUGGCGCAAGGUCCAACAGACCCUCGCGGACCGUACGGGAUGCAGGGUCCUGGCCUACGACCGGAUCGGCCACGGCCUCUCGGACAAACCCACGACCUGGCCCAAGGACGCAAACCCCUACAAGAACGGGGGCGUACUCUCGAUCUGCCAUGCGUUGCUCGAGACCUUGGGCAUGAACCAGAACCUAGUCCUGAUCGGGAACGGGACCGGUGGAACGAUCGCCUCCGCCCUCGCGCUGUCGAAACCGAAUCUCGUCCGAGGUCUGAUCCUUGUCGCGCCUGCAAUUCUGGACGAGGCGCCUCCGUUGUACCUCCGAGCCUGUGUAUCCUACCCGCCUCCGUUGACCUGGAUCUAUCGAGGACUCUAUGGGAAUCAUGGACCGCUACAACAGUUCUACCAUAAACCCAAGCCCAUGAUGGCAGAUCCACAGACGAUCGAGAUGUAUACCAAGCCCGCGAAGGAAGAAGGCUUCUGGAGAGGCCUGGCCAACGCGACCAGGUUCCGGGCGAGCUACAAGGUCGACAAGCACCUCGAUUUGUUAACAGAGAUCUCGACCUUGGUCAUGACCGGUGAUGUGGACGAUAUCGUGCCCACGAUGGAGACCCUCCGACUCUUCGAGACUCUCCAGAGUGCACGGCAGUUGAACGUACCCCAGGUUUUGAAGAUCAUCAAGCAUGCGGGCCAUUUGCCGCAGGAGGAGAAACCGACGGAUUUCAUCAAGGUCGUCUCGUUCUUCAUCCGAAAGGUCUGUCUGGGUUCUCUUCCUCGAGAGCGUUCCUUUGGACGGAGAUCCUCCGGGGGCGUGGUCCGUUCCGUGUCCAAGAGAUCGGUCAACAGUAAUCAGAAUGCUCAGUCCGUCACAGGCGCCAACACCCAGGCGAACGUGAGUAUUCCUCCUGUGCCCCCUAUCCCUGCCAUUAUGGCUUCACCCCAGGCUCCAAGUCCUAGUACGGGAUCUGAACCUCAGGAGCAGCAGAUGGCAGCCCCAGGACCUAUGGUCCGGAGUCCUUCAAAGAUGCCAAUUAAGCAGGCUACAGCGCUUCCUGCGGUCCAGCAGCCCAUCAAGAGCUAUUGAGACCCAAACGCAGCAUAUAUGUACUUUAAUUAAUCCUCCUCCCCUUUCUGAUGACCUUCUUACCUCAUAACUGUAGCACGUUUUUAAAAUUAUAUUAUUAAAUGUUAUACACAAGGGACUAUAAGGUAAUAAUCGAUGAGGAUUGAGGUUGAGG